CCCAAUUUAGGCAACGGAAAGCACAAUCUGAUGGGCAAAAUGCAUCCAAGAAGCAGAAAAAAAAGAAAAAGGCAUCAAACACCAAAGAUGAAGAAUCGGUACAAGAUGGUCCUGAUAUUGACCCGUCACAGGGUGAUGAGACAUCCACACACAGCAGUCAAAGAGGAGCAACAGCUACUGCCGACUUUGCUAUAAUGAGAACUUUACGUGGUGGAGAAAUUAUUAAACAUGACCAGAUUUAUACCAUUGAACCAGACAGUGAAAUUUCUACUACAGCAGAUGAUUAUAGUUCCGAGGUAAAUGGUUGCAGUUUUAUGUCAAGAACAGCUAUAUCAGCAGACUUAAUCAGGGAAGAAGAAUUUGGAGUUGGAGAGACUUAUUCUGAACAUGAAAUGCAGCACUCUCAGACACGACUGGAGAACGAAUUGGCUGGAAAACAACAAGAGAUUGAAGAGCUAAACAGAGAAAUUGAAGAAAUGAGGGCAGCAUAUGGUACGGAAGGAUUGCAACAGCUUCAAGAAUUUGAGGCUGCUAUCAAACAAAGAGAUGAUAUCAUCACACAGCUCACUACUAAUCUACAGCAAGCACGGAAAGAAAAAGAUGAAACACUGAGGGAAUUUUUAGAGCUUACUGAACAAAGCCAGAAAUUGCAAAUUCAGUUUCAGCAUCUACAGGCAAGUGAAGCCUUAAGAAAUACCAGCCAUAGUAGUACAGCUGCAGAUUUACUGCAAGCCAAACAACAGAUCCUUAUACAUCAGCAACAGCUAGAAGAACAAGAAUAUCUAUUGAAGAAUUACAAAAAAAAGAAUGAAGAAUUUGAAGCACAAAUUACACUUCUGCAAGACAGACUCACAGUCUAUGAAAUGGCAAAAUACGGAGAAGAUUCUAAUAGAAAACUACAAGAGAAAGAAUCACUAAUAGGAGAGCUGAAAGCAAAAAUAACAAAAGAAGAAAAAAAUGCAUUUCAGAUGAAGGAAAAAUUAUCAGAUGCCAAUAAAUCACUCCAGGAAUUAAAAGAACAUGUUGUACAAACAAAUCAAGAAGCAAAUAAUCUGAGACUAGAACUGGCCAACUGCAAACAAAAAGAAAGACAAUGUUCUGAUGAAAUCAAACAGUUAAUGGGCACCGUGGAAGAAUUACAGAAGCGAUACCAUAAAGACAGCCAAUUUGAAACUGAUGUCGUACAAAGAAUGGAAUUAGAAACACAAAGGAAACUGGCACAACUUCAGGCAGAAUUAGAUGAACUAUAUGGUCAGCAGAUUGUACAAAUGAAGCAAGAGUUGACUAAGCAGCAUGCGUUAAAAAUUGAAGAACUUCUUGCCCAGCAGAAAAUAGAGCUGGAGAAAAAUUUAAAUCCCUGUUCACAUGAUAAUAUUAAUGAAGACCAGGUACAUUUAAUGAAUAUUGCAAUUAAUGAAUUGACUGUGAAACUGCAAGAUGCUAAUUAUCAGAAGGAAAAAAUAAAGCAAGAUUUGUCACAACAACUGGAAGAAAUUUCAGCAGACAAGUCUCGCCAACAAACACAAAUUGAAGAUCUUUUUCAAGAAUUGACCUUUGCAAGCGAGCAGAUUCAGAGAGCCAAAAAAACUAUAGUGGACAAAGAAUGCCAAUUAAAUGAAGCCAAUAAAUACCAGGUUAUUAUUGAAGAUCUGAAAGCUCAGCUUGCUUCUGCAUUUGAGCUCAGGAAAGAGUUAGAAUUAAAACAUGAGGCAGAAGUCACAAAUUAUAAAAUAAAACUUGAAAUGCUAGAAAGAGAGAAGGAUGAAGUUCUGGACAGGAUGGCUGAAUCUCAAGAAGCUGAAUUAGAGAGACUGAGGACACAGCUUCUCUUUAGUCAUGAAGAGGAACUGUCCAAACUUAGAGAAGACUUACAACGAGAGCACAGAACAAGCAUUGAAAACCUUAAAGAUAACUUGGCCACACACCAUAAACAGCUAUUAGAAGGGGUACAGAAUGAAAUGAGUCAAAAGAUAGAAGCCAUGCAAUUUGAAAAGGACAGUUUAAUAACGAAGCAAAGUCAGCUGAUAUUAGAGAUUUCAAAGUUGAAAGAUUUUCAGCAAUCUGUUGUAAAUUCUAAAUCGGAAGAAAUGACUCUUCAAAUACAGGAACUCCAAAAGGAGAUUGAUGUACUUAGGCAAGAAGAAAAAGAAAAGGGUACAUUUGAACAAGAAGUUCAAGAGUUGCAACUUAAAACUGAAUUGUUGGAGAAACAAUUGAAAGAGAAAGAAGAUAGCCUUCAAAAAAAAUGUACAACGCUUGAGACACAAAAUAACAUUCUUAAAGAUGAAAAUAGAGCUCUAGAGGAGAAAUUAAAACACAUUUCAGUAAAUUCAGAAAACAAAUUGAUUUUCACAGGCCAUGUUAGUUCCAAGUCAGAAGAUCUUGACAUGCAAAAAAGAAUAGAAAAGCUAACGGCUGAAAACAAGCAGCUUAUAAAACAAGACAUUGAACUCAAAGCAGAAAUUGAAAGGCAAAGGAAUAUUUUUUCAUUUGCUGAGAAAAAAUUUGAAGCUAGCUAUCAAGAGCUGCAGAAAGAAUAUGCUUGUCUUCUAAAGGCAAAAGGUGAUUUAGAAGAGAGCAAAAACAAAGAGGAAGCUGAAUAUAAAACCAAGCUGAAAGCUCUAACUGAAGAACUUCAACAUUUACAAAGCUAUAAACAAGACCUAUUAAAAACUAAAAGUACAGUCCUUGAAGGCUCUAAAGAAGACAAAAUAUGCAGAGCAGACACUUUUGAAAUAGGAGAAGUUAUUGAGAAAGAUACUACAGAACUUAUGGAAAAGCUUGAGGUAGCCCAGCGUGAGAAAGUGGAAUUGUCCUUGAGACUUUCAGAUCUUUCUGAACAAUUAAAGUUAAAACAUGGUGAAAUUUGUCUGUUAAGUGAAGAAGUUAAAUGUUUAAAACAAGAGAAAGACCAAGUUCUAGCAAAAUGUAAAGAACUAGAACUCAUCAGCCACAAUCAGCCAAAAAAUGUUAACAUUUUUGAACAGAAGAUAAAACAUUCCAAAGAAAAAGCUCAAACAGAUGCUAUCCCAGUUUCUGAAACUAAAAAUCUAAUAUUUGGUCCCAGCAGUGAACUUAAUGAGAAAAUAAAAGUAAGAGAAGAUAAUCUGAGUUUGUGUAAAGAUGCAGAUCAUCUUGUAACAGAGAAGGAAAUUCAGCAAAAGUUGAAUCCAGAGCAGCAAUCACUAUUGAAUCAUUUGCACCAGAUGACUGACAAAGUAGCAGGAGAAACUUCGCUACUAGCCAUUACACAGCAUGAAAAUGGUCAGCUUCAACAACAGCUGGAUAUAUUAAAAUCUGAACAGGCUGAUUUACGGCUACAGAUGGAGGCCCAGCGUAUUUGUCUCUCUCUGGUUUAUUCAGCUCAUGUGGACCAGGUCCGUGAGUACUUGAAAGCUGAAAAAGAGAAUGCACUCUGCAGCCUUAAAGAGGAUCUCAUCUGCAGACAUGCACAAGAGAUGAAUGAGCUUAAGAAAAUGCAUCAACAGGAGCUCGAGACCUUGAAAGGUCAACAAUCUGGUGAUGAAGACAAAUCUACACUGAUGCUUAUAGAAAAGCUAAGCAAGGCAGUGUCUGAGGAAUGUGUUAGUCUCACACAGGUUCUGUACAGUGUUCAGUGUGAACAACACUCAACUCCUAUUGAAGUUAGUGCUGGCAAACAAGAUGUGUACCAUGCUCCUCUUGUUGAGAGAAAGGUACCCAACAUAGAAUUACCAACUCACAGAAUUCAAGCUCAAGCCUUGCAAGAAAGUAUGCAAGCUCUUCUGAGCAAGAUAAUGGAAGAAUACAACAGGCUGAUAGUACUUCAUUCACAGUUUAUGAAGGAUUGUAAAAAGAUUGAAGAGCCACAGAUAUCAUGUGUUGAACUGGAGUGUAGAAAUGAAGAAAGCAGCUGUCUGCAAAUGAAAAUAGAAGGCUUUCAAACCCCUUCACAAGAGCUUAUUGAUCUUAUGGUUAGAGCAUCUCGUUGGGAAGAGAUGGAGAAACUUAAAACACAACUUGAAGGACAACAUGCACAAGAAAUUGAGCACCUCCGGUCCUAUUUCCAGCAGCAGUUGAAAGAAACUGAAGAGAGAUACACUACAGAGAUUGUUCAUUUACAGAAUAGACUUCAGGAUGUCACACAAUCUCCUGAACAUUUCAGUAUAUCUGCAGAGUCACAGCAAAACUCUAAAGAUGUCAUGCAAAAAAUGACACAAACUGAAAGUUUUUAUCAACAACGUCCAGAGAGGUUAAUAGAGUUUCCUAGCGAAAUGGAAUCAAAAGGUGAUAAUGACGUUAUUCAGCUGUUGGACAAACAGUACCAAGAAAGAUUAGAAGAAGAAAUAGCUAAGGUUAUUGUGUCAAUGAGUGUAGCAUUUGCCCAACAGACUGAACUGGCAAGAAUGGCUAGACAAAAGGAAGAAUCAGAACUAUCAGUAGCACAAACACAAAUUGUUCAUCAAAAGGAAAAACAUUUUGAAAGUAGGAAAAAAUUCACUGAUGAUGAAUUAGACAGCUAUCUGAUUAAGGAGAAGAAAGUAGAAAUUAAACAUGCAGAAGAGUCGAAACCACUUAGUAAGGAGCUGAAUGAAGAGUCCAGUGAGAUUUUUUCUCUUGAAGAACAACUUGAAUCAAGAGUUAAGCCUGUUUACAUACUAGAACAGAGCAAGUGUGAAAUGGGAUUUCCAGUAAAACUUUUGUCCCAAGGCAAAGAGCUUACACCUUGUCAUGAGAUGGCAACAUCCUAUACAGAAACUUCAGGUCAGCUGUUGCUAUAUGAAGAGCGUUUGGAAGACAUGCGGCAGGAACUUGUACGACAAUAUCAGGAACAUCAGCAGGCAACAGAAUUAUUGAAACGGGGCCAUAUGCAGCAAAUGGAACGGCAAAAAGAAAAUCAAGAACAACUCCUAGCAGAGCUUCAAAGACUUAAAGUUCAGUUGGCUGAGAGUGUCUCUGUGGAGAAUGAUAACUUGGUUACAGAGAGAGAGAGAAUGCUUUUAAAGGAACUAGAAUUGUUAAAGCAACAUCCUGUACCCGGAAGAGAGAAGCUGCAUUGUGAGCUAUGCAACAACAGUACGCAAACACAGAAUGAAAAUGAAAGCCAAAUUAAAUCAAAAGAGUACACCUUUGAGGAUGAAGAUGGAGACAGAAAGACUGAAGAAAUACCUUCGGAUAGUCUUUCAAAAGAAAGGCAUUCUCUACAGAAGGCAAAUGACAGACUCCUAAAGAUUCUGUUAGAGGUUGUGAAGACAACUGUAGCUGUAGAAGAAACAAUUGGUCAUCAUGUUCUUGGAUUACUGAAGAGAUCUGGAAAAAGCCCUCUUUCUAAAAUUGAUCUGAGGGACAUGGAGGCAGAGCAGUCACUAAAUACAAUGAAUGAAUUUCAUGGAGAAGAGCCCUCUUCCUCAUAUCAUGGUACUAAUCUGGGAGAUGAGGCAACUAGCAGGUGGUCAGGAGUAACAGAGGAAGGACUUCAGCUAAGUCAAGAUCUCACAGAGAGUGGUUUUGUUGGAGCAGAGCUAGAUCCUGAUAAUGAAGAAUUAAUUCUAAAUAUUAGUUCUCGGCUUCAGGCAGCCGUUGAAAAACUUCUGGAAGCCAUCAAUGAAACCAGCAAUCAGCUAGAACAUGCUAAAGCAACACAGACAGAACUCCUGCGGGAAUCAUUCAGAAAGCAGCAGGAGGCCACUGAGUUUUUCAAAUGCCAGGAAGAAUUGCAAGAGCGACUCAGUGAAGAGGUCAGAGUCAGAGAGCAGAUGGCAUUGGAGCUCAGCAAAAUGGAGGGCCUCAUUGAUGGUUAUGCAGAUGAAAAAGCAUUUCUGGAAAAACAAGUCCAGGAAAAAAUAGAUAUAAUAGACCAUCUUGAGCAAGAGCUACUGUGUACAGGUAACAAAUUGCAGGAACUAGAAGCUGAACAACAGCAGAUCCAGGAAGAAAAGGAGCUACUCUCCAGACAGAAGGAUGCCAUGAAAGCAGAUGCAGGACCAAUAGAGCAACAAUUGCUGGAGGAGACAGAAAAGCUAAUGAAGGAAAAAAUAGAAGUACAACGUCAAGCUGAAAAAGAGUACGAUGAUCUCCAGAAACAAGUGAAGGCCCUGGAAACAGAUUUGGAGGAGCAGGUCAACCGGUUUAUGGAGCUAGAGCAAGAGAGAAAUGCAGAAUUAAUGGAUCUAAGACAGCAAAACCAGGCUUUGGAGAAGCAGCUUGAGAAAACAAGAAAAUUUCUAGAUGAACAGGCAAUUGAUAGAGAACAUGAAAGAGAUGUGUUCCAACAAGAGAUACAGAAACUAGAGCAACAGCUUAAGACUCCACAAAGGUUUCAACCUAUCAAUGAACACCAAACCAGAGAGGUUGAACAGUUAACAAACCAUCUACAAGAAAAAACAGACAAAUGCAGUGAGCUUUUGCUCUCUAAAGAGCAACUUCAGAGAGAUAUACAAGAACGGAAUGAAGAAAUUGAGAAACUGGAGUGCAGAAUAAGAGAAUUAGAACAAGCCUUAAUUAUCAGUGCAGACAAUUUGCAAAAGGUGAAGGAAAGAAAGCAGUGUGGAGUUGCCACUGUGAAGGGAGAAUUGCCCCUUGAAGAACAAUUGCAGGCUGAAAAAGAAGCUGUGGACAGAAAGGAAAAAGAGAUCACAAACCUUGAAGAACAACUGGAGCAGUUUCGAGAAGAGCUAGAGAACAAAAAUGAAGAAGUUCAGCAGUUGCAUAUGCAAUUAGAGAUUCAGAGAAAGGAAUCCACUACACGCCUUCAAGAACUUGAUCAAGAGAAUAAAUUAUUUAAGGAUGAAAUGGAAAGAUUGGGACUAGUGAUCCAGAAAUCUGAAGAUGCAUCCAUAAAGGAUCAUUGUCUAGUAGCAGGGAAACUUGCUCGGAUCAUGCAGGAAAAGGAACAGGAAAUAGAUCAUCUUAAUGAGCAAAUAACAACCAUGCAACAGCAACUUGAAAGUACAACAGACAACAAAGUUAUUGAAGAAAAAAAUGAGCAUAUAAGAGAACUUGAAGCCCAGGUAGAAUGCCUAAAAAGUGAUCAAGAGCGUGUGAAGAAAAACCAUGAAGAAGAAAUUGAACAGAAGAAUGAGGAGUUGGCAAAUAUUGAACAAAAAGUACCUGUAGAUGUUACUUCCAUUCAGGAGGAUGCUGACAGUCUGAAACAGCAGUUUGAUACAGUAUUGGCAGAAAAAGAAGCUUUGGAGAAGAAAAUGGAAGAUGAUAAUGUAAAAGCAUCCCUUACAAAGAAUGAGCUUGAAGAAACUAAAUUAAAAAUGAACCAUUUGAAGAAAGAACUAGAUAUCUUAAAGAGGGAGCAUGAGCAAGUAUCAGAAAAAUAUAAGCAUUUACUGAUGGAAAGUGACAAGGCAGAAGUAGGGGACAGAAGCAAAGACAAAAGUGAAAAACUGGAAGAAGCCCUGAAUGAAAAGACUCCAAUGCUACUAGAAAAUAAAAUCCAGCUUACAUCUAUGGAAGAAAAUACAAAGGUCACCAUAAGCAACAUGCAGAUAAACCUGCAGCAACUUCAGGCAGCUAUUAAAGAGAAGGAUUCAGAGUUGUGCCAGUGUUAUAACCAAAUGAAGGACUUGAAAGAGCAAGCCAAGGUUGAAACACAAAUACUUAGAAAUAAAAUACUGGAACUUGAAGAGCUACUUCAGGAAAAGGUUGCUGCUGCUCUUGUGAGCCAAGUCCAGUUGAAUGCAGUUCAGGAGCAAAAUAAACUCAGGCAAAGAACUAAGGCAUUUUCAAAUGAAGAAGCAAAUAAAAGUACACAAACAGAGAAUCAAAAACACUUAGCUAAAGGAGAGACAGAAUCAAAAUUAUCAAUAUUAACAGAGAAACUUUCAGAGAUGGAAAAUGAGCUGGAGAGAAUGCAUAGUAAACUGGAGCUAGAAAAAGAAAAUGCAGAAAUUGCACAGAAGGAGGUUAUAAAAAAAGAACACAGACUAUUAGAACUUCAGCAGUUACUAGAAGACAUUGAGGAAAAGCACAAAGAGGAGAUUAAAAAGGCCCCUAAACAGGAAGAGGUGCAAAUAUCUGAGGUAGUCACAGAGCUAACUCAAGGUCAAGAAGGAAACGUACUCAUUGCUGAACGUAAAUUAGAAAAAAUCAAAGCUGAAUCAGCUGCUGCCAAAGAAGAGCUGAGUAGUUACAGAGAAAAGUCAGAAAAACUUCAAGAGGAAUUAAUGGUGAGAGAGACAAGUAUGACACAUCUUCAAGAAGAGCUUCACCGAGUCAAAGACAACCUAUUUGAAGCAGAAAAGAAGCUUGCAGAUUAUAUGAGAAAGGAAGCGAAAAUAGUAGAACUUGAAGACAUAAAGGAUGUUGACAAACCAGAUAGUGUUUCUACCAAAGAAGACGCUAGUUUUACCAGAAAAAGUUCAUCAUCUCAGACUGAUAAGACUAUGCAAAUCAGUAGCUCCAACCAGACUUUACAGGUUGCUGUUAAAAAUGCUGAAAUUCAAAAUGAUUUACAAAAUGAAAUUUCAUCAGAGGAGGUUGCAGAAAUCAUAAGAGAGUUCACUGAGAGAAUUGAACAAAUGCAAGAACUCCAUGCUGCUGAAAUCAUGGACAUGGAAACCAGACAUAUUUCUGAAUCAGAAGCAUUGAAGAGAGAGCAGUUUGUUGCAGUUCAAGUAUUAACAGAUGAAUGUAAUGCUUUGAAAGAAGUCAUAGAAACUUUGAGAGCUAAAGAGGCCAUCCCAAUUUCUGGGUUACCGCACUCAGGAUCCUAUCAGGCCAGAGAUGGAUGUUCUAGUGAUUCUAGUUCGGACUGGAGUCAAGGAAUUUAUCUUACCCAGAGCCAGGGAUCUGACACAGUAUCAGAAGGAAUAGGAGAAGAAGAUGAAACUUCAACAGAUCUGCUUCCAAAGAAAAUAAAGGGUUUGCUGAGAGCAGUGCAUCAGGAAGGUGUACAAGUGCUAUCUCUCACAGAAUUUCCUGACAGUGAAAGGGAUAUAAUGUCUCUUAAACAAGGGCCAGAAUUGUGGCUUGAGGAAAGGAAAUGUUUUCUGAGCACCAUUUCAUCACUGAAGGAUUUAAUUAGACAAAUGCAACUGCAUAGGGAAACUGAGAUUUAUGCAAACUGUGAAUCUCCUGAGACUGUCCCAGAUUGGCGAGGUGAACUCCUGCAUGCUGUUCAGCAAGUAUUUCUAACAGAACAAGAUGUUCUUCUAGCAGCAUUUCAAACAGAACUUGCAGAGCUAGGUACGAAGGAUGCAGUGGUAUUGAUGAACCAAUUAGAGCACAGACUUCAAGAACAGGUUAUUAACCAAAGAGUGGCUAUGGAUUUCAUUCAGAAUGCAGAUAGAAGAAGUUUGCUAAUGGAAAUUCAAGUACUGCAUGCUCAGAUGAACAAUAGAAAAAUUAAUCCAAAGAGAGAACAAGAGAUUGAUCCAAAAAGUCAAGAAAUGCUGGAGUACAACAUGGAGCAGAAGCAGUCUCAGAUACUGGAGAUGCAAGUGGAACUCCGUAGCAUGAAGGACAGAGCGGCUGAACUUCAAGAACAGCUGAAUUCUGAGAGAAUUAUGGUUUCAGAACUGAAGAAUGAACGUGCCCGAGCUAAACUAGAACUUGAAACAACUCUUAAAGCCCAGCACAAGCACUUAAAAGACUUAGAGACUAUCAGGACUGAGGUUAAAGAAAAAGCAGCAGAACUAGAUAAGUUAAAAGAUACAAUGGCAAAUGAACAGAAAAAAUCAAGAGAGCUUCAGUGGGCUUUGGAAAAGGAAAAAGCUAAAAUGGAACGCAGUGAAGAAAGAGGACGAGAAGAACUUGAGGAUUUGAAAUUUUCUCUUGAGGAUCAAAACCAAAAGAAUUUACAAUUAAAUAGACUUUUGGAACAAGAGAAACAGCUGUCCAAUGAACUGCAACAGAAAAUUGAAUCCCAGGAAGUUCUGAAUGCAGCCCAGCUGUCACAAGAACAAGCCCGUAGUUCUGAGCUUCAGGUGCUCCUUGAAUCAGAGAAAGUUCGAGUUCUCGAAAUGAGUAGUGCCCUGGAAAGGGAGAAAGAACUGUGUGCUCAGCUUCAGCGUGUUGAAGAUAAGGGGCAAGAUGGCACACCCAGAACUGAAGAGUUACUUAAAGAUUUACAAAAACAAAUGGAUGAAAAACAUGACCGUAUAGUGGAGCUAGUCAGUGAGAUGGAAAGGUAUAAACUGGAGUCUGUGCAAUUGAAGCAACAGAUGGAAAAGGAGAGGCAGAUUCAGAAGAAGACAAUACAGACAGAACAGGAUGCUGCCAUAUUAGCACAGAAGAAAGUACAUGAACUUGAGUCCAAAGUGGAAGAUCUUCAUGGGCAGCUUGAAGAGAAGAGACAACAGGUUCAUAAACUACAACAUGAGGCAAGGAAGUUACAGGAAAUAAUACAGGAGCUACAGAAAAGAGAACAGAAAAGAGAGGAAAAAGAUGCUGAAAAAGCAAUGUGCCCGAAUCUCAAUGAGACUAGUUGGGAUACAUCCAAUGAGAGAACAAGAAAUUGGGUUCUACAGCAGAAAAUGGAAGGAGCUGAAAUGAAUGAAUCAACCUAUCCCACACUGACUGAAGUGAAAGGAGAAGGUGAUCUAGGUGAUGGAAGUAAAAUUCUGGAGACUGUCAGACAGAAGCUCCAAAAUGUAUCUUCAAAGCUGAAACAGUUGGCACACAAAGCCGCCAGCAGGUUACAGUUUGAAACAGCAGAUGAUGACAACUUUAUUGGGGUACAGAACAAUAUUGAAGAUGCUCUUUUAUUGUUGGGAACAUUACCUGGAUUGUCCCAGUUAGAAGAGGUGAAGUUAGUGUUGCCCCCUGGGAUCCCCUCUAGCUCACUAACUGAAGGACUGUUGAGACAAAAUGCAGAACUGUUAGGGCUUGUCAGCAGACUAAGUGAGGAAAAGAACAAUAUGAGGAAUGGGGUCAUGAAACUGGAAGAGGAACUCAGAAGAUACCGACAGAGAGGACCUUGUGGAGACAAUUCUUCUAGAUGCUCACUGGACGAUGGAGCUAAUAUCGAUACACUCAGUGCCUCUGAGAGAGAGAUUUGGAACAGAGAAAAGCUGUUGCUACAGAAAUCUUUGAAACAAGCUGAUGCAGAGCUGUCCAAACUGAGAGCAGAACUAAGGAGUGAAGCUUUCCUGAGAGAUUUGGGAUCAAAUUCUGAAAACGCUGUUUUAAAGAUAAUUUAUGGAAAAUUCCUGAGAGCAGAGAGCUUUCGGAAAGCUCUCAUAUAUCAGAAAAAAUACUUACUGCUCUUAGUAGGUGGAUUCCAGGAAUGUGAAGAAGCCACCCUGGCCCUCAUUGCAAGAAUGGGUGGGCAGCCUUCAUAUGCCGACCUAGAAAUUAUUACACAUCGUUCAAAGGGUUUUACCAGAUUUCGCUCUCUGGUCAGAGUGUCCAUUGCAAUUUCAAGAAUGAAGUUCCUGGUUCGUCGGUGGCACCGAGUUACCAGUUCUAAUUUAAUAAGUGUCAACAGAGAUGGCUUUAGUCAGAACACAGGUAAUGAGCUAAGGCCCGAUUCAUUAGCUGGUGGUCUGGAGCUCUAUGGAGAACACAGACAUUCUUCUGAUAGAUCCAGAUCAGAUCUAGAGUCUCUCAGAUCUCCUGUAAAUUCUCAACAUAGGUACCACGGCACCCAUGCUGAUUUAAGCCCAGCUUCCCUUGCAUGUCCUCAGCUACAUAAUUAUGAUCCUGAUAGAGCUUUAACAGACUAUAUCAAUCGACUGGAGGCACUACAGAGGCGACUUGGAAGCGUGCAGUCAGGUUCUGCUUCCUACACUAAUUUGCACUCUGGUGUUAGAAGAUAAUAGCCUUUCAACUCCUCCAUCUCUGGUAAUGAUGAAUGAACUGCCUUUUUGUAAAUCUGUGCUCUUUCUGUGCUUUUGUAUAAUGUGUACAUUGUGGGACCAACAUGAACACAGCUGUACAAUUGUACACAGUUCUCUUGCUGACACCACCACAGACUGGAAUUUCUGUAUAUAGGCACUUUGUGUUCACUCAAUUAUUAAAUUACGUGUAUAUUUGUGGAAUGCUAAUUUAAAUGAUUAAGUUAUAAAAAAGUGUGUAUUUAUCUCAUGCCAUGCAAGGAGAUGAAACUUGUGUAUUUGAUUGCUCGAGGUGUAGCUCAAAGUGCACUGCACUUUUUCUGACAAGGCUACUGAAGAUACUCAACUCUAUCUUAAUAUAUUUGCUACUGGCAGUGCAGACAGAAUAGAUCACUUGUAGAGACCUAUUUUUGUAAUGGUAGAAGUUUUGGAUUUUAAGGGUAUUUUGUCAAAGUACUGAAAUAAAGAUGACUUCAUCCUUUUAA